AAAAAAAAAAAAAAAAAAAAAAAAAAAAAAGAAAAAAGACAUGGAGUCUUGAAUCCUCACGGAAGAAACAGUACCAACGAUCCAUCAAUUCUGACACGGGCAAUUUCACGGGGAAAUAACUUUCCUGGAAAGAACGCUGCAUCGUCGCCUGGUCGUCGGUCGGUCCUCGAGGGACUUGUUUCGUUGAUCCCGGAGGAACGAGACGAAACAAAACAGAGAGGCUGUGAAAGAAAAGAAGAGGACGAGGGUGGCGGCCUUGCGCCGAUGAUCGCCGCUGAAAAUCAGCCGAGUUUGCGUGCCGGCUCCAGCCUGGGGCAGUUCGAGGAAGCAGCGGGCGACGGAAGCGUGGGCGGCGGCAACGAGGCUGGUGGAGCCGGUGGUGCGACCACUACCUCGGAGCCAGGUGUAAUGAAGAAAGAGGAGCAGGAGGCGGCGCAGAACGAGAAUUCCCCGAAAGAGUCAAACGGUUCAGCGGUGACAGUAGCUACACCUAGCGGCAUCGGGACGACGGUGUCGGUGGUGAACGCGAGCAACAGCACGACAACGACGACAACGACGACGACGAUGCCUGGUGGAGGCGCUCGCAGCGACGUGGACGAGGAGGAGGAGGAGGAGGAGGCGGCGGGCGAAGAAGAGGAGGAGGAGGAGGACGUGGAGGAAGAGGAGGACGUGGAAGUGGAGGGUGGAGCGGCGCAGGAGGCGGUCGGUGGCGGUUUUCUAGCGAGCGAAGGUGGGGGUGGAGGCGGCAUGGCCGGCUUCUGGAGGCAGAGCAGACCCUCCAGUCCCCGCAUGCCGCCUCCGGAGCAGCCGGAGCACAGGCCUAAGAGCCGACACGAGCCGGCGCCCGCGAGAUACAACAACCUCGGCUACUGGAGGGCCAGGAGAGUCACGUUUUACAAAAAUGGCGACCCGUAUUUCCCCGGUAUCGAGUUCAGGUUCAAGCCAGGAAGGGACAUCGGUUCCCUGGAGGCGCUUCUCGACAGACUGUCCCUGCGGAUGGACCUGCCCAGAGGGGCGCGACACAUCUUCUCCAUGGACGGCGACCGAAAGAUCACCCUGGACGAGCUCGAGGACGGCGCCUCGUACGUCGUUUCCAGCUACAAAACGUUCAAGCCGGCCAGCUAUGGGAAGAAGAGCAACACCUGGUACACGAGUCCCACCGGCGGUGGUAGCAGAGGUGGAGCGAGCGUCGGAGGUGGCGUCGGUGGAUGGCAAAGUAGACCACCGGCGGUGGCGAGUCUCAGCAGGAAAGCUUCCAUCACUGACGAAGCACCACCUCCUGGCGGUGGAAAGCCAUCCUCGGGACGUGUCAUACGAAUCGUUAACAAUCACGAUCACACCGUACAGUGCCGCGUCUUGCUGAACCUCCGCACUUCGCAACCGUUCGAGGAGGUGCUGGAAGAUCUUGGACAGGUGCUGAAGAUGAACGGGGCCAAGAGGAUGUUCACGGUUUCAGGUCAAGAGGUGAGAAGCUUCUCGCAGCUGAGAAACGAAUUCGCCGACGUGGACACUUUUUAUCUGGGCACUGGAUCGGGGAUGGGUAUAGCCGGUGCUGUAACUGCGUCCCCGGCGAGAAGAUCCAGAUCACGUGGACCGCCCACCGUGGUCGAAGACAUCGGCCGUCAGAGGCGAGCGCGUAGCAAAAGCCGGCCACGUGCUUUGUACGCCCCUGAUUCAGACGUCGUCCGAGUAAACGAUUACAGUGUGGUCGAGGUGCUACGAGACGAGCCGGCCAGAGUGACUAUCCGAGGGCUGAGAAGAUCCUUUUACCCACCUUCCCAUCUGCCACCAGUGGACAAUUCACCGCCGGAUAAGAAGCUUCAGCUUGAAUGGGUUUACGGGUAUCGGGGCACCGAUACCCGACGAAAUCUCUGGGUUCUGCCGAGCGGGGAACUUUUGUAUUACGUCGCUGCCGUGGCUGUUCUCUUCGACAGAGAGGAAAAUGCACAACGGCAUUAUGUGGGCCAUACGGAGGACAUCACGUGUAUGGAGGUUCACCCGAGCAGAGAGCUGGUGGCAUCUGGACAAAAAGCCGGUAGACAUAGAAAAGCGCAGCCACACGUUCGCAUAUGGUCAACAGAGACUCUGCUCACAUUGUACGUGUUCGGAAUGACCGAAUUCCAGAUGGGUGUCUCCGCGUUGGCGUUUUCACAGUUGAACGGGGGUAGUUACGUGCUAGCGGUUGACGCCGGCAGGGAGGCGAUACUCUCGGUGUGGCAGUGGCAAUGGGGCCAUUUGUUGGGCAAAGUGGCGACCAUGCAGGAAGAUCUGACCGGCGCAGCUUUCCAUCCUCUCGACGACAAUCUGUUGAUCACGCACGGCAGGGGCCACCUGACCUUUUGGAACCGGCGAAAAGACGGUUUCUUCGAGAGGACGGACAUCAUCAAACCUCCGUCCCGCACGCACGUGACGAGCAUCCAGUUCGAGCAAGACGGGGACGUCGUGACGGCGGACAGCGACGGUUUCAUCACUGUUUACUCCGUGGACGCGGACGGCGCGUACUUCGUGCGAAUGGAAUUCGAGGCGCACAACAAAGGCAUUAGCUCGCUUGUUAUGCUGUCGGAGGGGACGUUGCUCUCCGGCGGUGAGAAGGACCGCAAAAUUGCCGCGUGGGAUUCACUCCAAAAUUACAAACGCAUCACGGACACCAAAUUACCAGAGGCGGUGGGAGGUGUGCGAAGUAUCUACCCCCAGAGGCCGGGAAGGAACGACGGGAACAUCUACGUGGGAACUACCAGGAAUAACAUUUUGGAAGGUUCUCUUCAAAGAAGGUUCAAUCAAGUCGUGUUCGGCCAUGGGAGGCAGUUGUGGGGCCUUGCGGUGCAUCCCGACGACGAGGUGUUCGCCACUGCCGGCCACGACAAGAAUAUUGCGCUUUGGCGCAGGCACAAACUCUUGUGGACGACGCAGGUCGGUUUCGAGUGCAUUUGCAUAGCUUUUCAUCCUUUCGGUGUUGCCCUUGCUGCUGGUUCUUCCGAGGGCCAUCUUCUGGUGCUGGCCGCGGACACAGGAGCAGCUGUAGCGACCCUCAGAGUCUGUGGCUCGCCCUUGUCAUGCAUUGGCUACAAUCCAACGGGGGAAAUUGUGGCGAUGGGCUCCCAGAAUGGCAGCGUAUACCUAUUUAGAGUGUCCAGAGACGGAUUCUCGUAUAAAAAGAGCAACAAGAUCCGUGGAACGCAGCCAUUGGUGCAGCUCGAUUGGAGCUCUGACAGCAGAUUUCUUCAGACUGUUACGCAGGACUACGACUUAGUAUUCUGGGACGUGAAAGCUUUGUCAUCGGAGAAGAGUCCACUGGUUAUGAAGGACGUUAAGUGGUACACGCAUAAUUGUAUGGUUGGAUACAUGGUAUCUGGAAUGUGGAACAAUCGUUACUACCCGUUAACGACUGUUCUAACUACGUCAAGUAGAUCAGCAGCUCACGACAUGCUGGUGAGCGGCGACGCGGAAGGUUACCUGAGACUCUUCAGGUAUCCGUGCACCAGUGCUAAAGCCGAAUACGUCGAGGAAAAAGUAUACAGUUCUCUAGUGGCUUGCGCCAGAUUUCUCUACAACGAUCAGAAUGUGGUCACCGUCGGUGGAACCGACGCUGCGCUCAUGCUUUGGGAACUAGUCGACGAGUAGACGAAACGACUACCUCUUGUCAUAGAUUUCGCCUUUGUCUUCUACAGUCCGGCAGCUGGACUAAUCGCGCGAUCCUUGCGAAAUCGCGGGACGAUCCGUCCCGUCGUGGAACUUUUUUUAAUACCGGCGAAGCAAACGUUUAUCUUAUCGUUGUGCUGGAUGCAGUUCAAUAACAUGUAUGUAUUCGGUAAUUCCGCCUCGGCAGAGGAAUUUGUAUACUUGCCGAUACGAUAACGUUUUCUCAUUCAACGUGAUUCAGUUACAAGGUACUUUUCUUAGGACGACAGCGUGCUCGUCGUUUAUUAUCAAAAAUCCAAUUUUACGAAUCUGAAAAUUGUCUGGCAUUCUCAUGGCCUUACGUUUGUAUCUGUGGACCUUGGACGAGAAGACAUUUUUAAAUACAGUUUUAAGUACAACACGGUUCACGCUUCUUUUCUCGGAAGGGGAAAGAAGUAACUUGACAUUUGUAAGGGAGAACUGUUCUCCGUUUUAGCGAAGGGAAGAUAAGAUCUGUUUGAUACAUAUUGCAUUGAAAACGCUCUCGAAGUUGCGCGCCGUGCAGGCGCGGUUACUUUCACUUUUUAACGUCCGUUGCCAUUUCAUACAGCAUCUUACAAAUUUUUCCAAAGACAUCCUCCCCCGUUACACGAUAUUUUUGAUUAUUAUUCCCCCGUGUUCGACCAUUUGACCAGAAUUUCUUGACAACACACUCGACAAUAGCUGCAAUAAAGAACAAGGAUCUGUCUUUCCUUCUUUCAACUAUUUUGCCAUUGUUGUGUUACGAUUUCUUGUAAUAUGUACAUUUGACGAUAACAGCGGCGAAACGAUAAUGUUAUCACUCUACAACGAUGCAAUACAUUAUUAAAAGGCGUAAUGGAAACAAAGUAGGCACACGUUAUAUGUGUAUCUAGUAAGAGUACUAAAAAAAAAAAAAAAACAAAAAAAAAAAAAA